AUGACUCGCGACGAGAACGCUCCCCCGGCUCUGAGUGAGUACGAGCUCCAACGUUUGGCUCACGUCGAGCGUAACCGUGCGUACAUGAAGCGGCUCGGCGUGUUACAAAUCUCAAAAGACAUGUUUGGUGACGCAAACAAUCGUCGAUCGAACGCGAACUCUCGGAAGCGCAAGACGCUUCAAGAACCCACGAGGCGAUCGUCUCGAGUGGUCGGGAUCAAGCCCGAGCACGAUGGCUCCGCGAUCGACGCCAUGGACGAUGGUGACGAGCCUGGAGAGAACUCGAGGCGACAGCCAAAGUUGGCUCGGGACGAAGACGAGGAGACGGACGCGUUCGCGGCGUCUCGAGAGUGGUUGGCCGGGGCGCGAGAGCGUUUGUUGGAGACUCGAGCGGCGAGUGGGAAGACGAAUGAGAGCGCAUGGCGCGCGGAUGCGGUUCGACGUUGGGGAGAGGACGUUCCAUCGCACGUGGACGACUGGGAGACCUGGGUCAAAUCUAGGCUUGGGAAACCGCCGCCGCCGAGUGAAUUACAGCUAUUGCAGGAGUAUUACGCGCACGACGCUUGGAUGCUUCUCAUCGCGUGCGCUCUGAUGAGUCGAGUUGCGAGUGGGCCGUUGAAACACGAGGUGAUAUCAAAUUUCUUUGAAAAGUUUCCAACGCCAACGGCGGCGCUGCAUGCCGACGCAGAGGAAGUCUUCGAGGUCAUCAAACGACUCGGUCUCUUUCCGGGGCGACAUAGAACCAUCGUCGAGGUCAGUACGGCGAUUCUCACGAACACCGGGGCGUUCGAGGUUGGUCUCGAACCAGAAAAGAAAAUUUACGGAAUUGGCGAGUUUGGCAUCGAUUCUUUCGAGAUUUUCGCGCGAGGUGACAUCAACCGCAAACCAAAAGAUUGCAAUCUCGCGGCGUUCUGUUCGUGGCAACGACGACACGGCGGCGCGAAGGAGGAGAUUGAGGAGAAGCCGACCGUCGUCAGCGUCAAGAAGGAGCGCAGCGAUUAG